CUCCUGCACUGCGGCAGAUGUUGGCCCGCGCACAGCACAGCUGUCCGCAUCCGACCGCUCCUCCCACAGCAAACUCCGAUUGUGCAACCACUGCGGGGCGGCUGCUCAGCAAGGGAUCUGCCCCCCUUCCCCUGCCUCCGCAAGUGCUCCCCGCGUCGCCUAUAAAUCCCACGUGCGGCCGCCGGGCAACGCUCGCAGAGAGACGGCACGCAUGGCGGGCAAGGCUGGGAGCGGCACGGCGGCCAUGCGGGUGGCCGUGGUCGGCGCCGGCGUCAGCGGCUUGACGGCCCUCAAGUGCUGCCUGGCCGAGGGGCUGGCGCCCACCUGCUUCGAGCAGAGCCGGGACGUCGGCGGGCUCUGGCGCUACACGGAGCACAUCGAGGACGGCCGGCCCAGCCUCUACACCUCGGUGGUCAGCAACACCUCGAAGGAGAUGUCGGCCUUCUCGGACUUCCCCUUCCCCGAGGACUUCCCGGUGUUCCUGCCGCACGCCCGCCUCCUGGAGUACCUCCAGCGCUACGCGGAGCGCUUCGCCCUCCGGCAGCACAUCCACUUCGGGACCACUGUCGUCAGCGUCAGGAAGCGCCCCGACUUCGCCGCCACCGGCCAGUGGGACGUCGUCACCGAGGCAGACGGGACGCGGGAGUCGCACGUCUUCGAUGCCGUCAUGGUCUGCAGCGGCAACUUCUCGGAUCCCUCCCUCCCGCUGCACUGCUUCCCCGGCAUCGAGAGGUUUCAAGGCCAAUACUUCCACAGCCGGCAGUACAAGCAUCCAGACGUGUUUCAGGGGAAAAGAGUCCUCGUGGUCGGCAUGGGCAACUCGGGAGUGGACAUUGCCGUGGAGGCCAGCCGCGUAGCCGCAAAGGUGACAGUUUGCACUGGCCGAGGUGCCUGGGUGUUCAGCCGCGUAUUUGACCAUGGCUACCCAUGGGACAUGGUUUUCAACACUCGCUUUAUGAACCUGAUUAGGAACAGCCUCCCAGGGGCCCUCACACGGGGCCUGAUUAGCUACAGGGUGAACCAGUGGUUUAAUCAUGAAAACUAUGGCCUUCAGCCGGAGAAGAGCUGCCUAGUACGUGAGCCUGUGUUGAACGACGACUUGCCAAGCUACAUCAUCACAGGGAAGAUCACCAUAAAGCCAGGCGUGAAGGAGUUUAAGGAAAACUCUGCCAUUUUCUACAACUGCCCUGAAGAGGAGCCUAUUGAUAUUGUCGUCUUCUGCACGGGCUACAACAUCUCUUUCCCGUUUCUUGAAGAAGCAGAUGUCAAGGUGGAAAACAAUCAUGCAUCCCUCUACAAAUAUGUGUUCCCAGCUCACUUGCAGAGGCCCACCCUGGCUGUCCUUGGGCUGAUCAAGCCACUUGGAGCAAUCAUGCCUGUGACAGAGAUGCAAGCACGCUGGGUAACCCGUGUCUUCAAAGGCUUGUGUCAGUUGCCUCCUCGGUCUGCUAUGGAAAAUGAAGUAAUGGAGAAGAAGAAAAACAAAGUCCAAUGGUUCGGCCUGUCCUUCGAUGAGGUCCUCAAAAUUGAUUGUCUGGUGUAUUCAGAUGAGAUUGCCUCCUUCAUUGGCGUGAAGCCCAACGUGCUGGCGCUGCUCUUCAGAGAUCCCAAACUGGCCCUCUCUGUUUUUUUCGGCCCUUGCACCCCCUACCAGUUCCGGCUGCAAGGUCCUGGGUGCUGGGACGGGGCCCGACAAGCCAUCCUCACCCAGUGGGACCGGACCCUGAAGCCAACGAGAACAAGAGUCACCAGCAGCUCUUCAGGCAUCUGGCCUUCUUUCCUUACUCUGUUUGGGUUUCUCCUGCUCAUGGCAGCAGUGUUUUUUGGUUUCCAGUAGCCCUGAUGUGAUUAAAAAGCCUGUUUUUUGUCCCGGGGAACGUAAUCUCAGAUCAGACAGCUCCAUAGGGUGUCACGGUGCUCCUGGGAUAGGACAAAAGGGAUUUCAACAGACAAGGAGAACAAGUUUAAACCUUUAACCCAUAGCACUAAACUCUCUCUCCUUCAGCUACAUCUUCGCAGGCCUGCUUAGCUGAUGGAGCUGCUGAUACCAGCCUCCCCCAGCACUUUUCACCCCUGUGCUUCUCUCAGACCUGCCCGUAUUGCUGCUGAUGUGAUCACUGCUCGCUAGCUCGCUCUGCAAAGCACAUCUGCGCAGCUCCAGCUAAGCUCCUUGGCCAGACUGGGUGGGUCAACAGGCAGCUGGGACGCGACCUGCAAAAACUGCUUCGGUUAUUGAACCUACUGCCAGAAAGGAAAACAGGGGCCCAGCCCUACUGCAAAUCAGCCAGGAAUCAGUGUCUUUUAAAGAGGCUUUAGUCCAAUAAGAAGCUACCUGGGCUGGUUACACAGGUCAGACGGCCGCUUCUUAGGACCUUAGAGCUCAUGAGCCAGAUGCCCAUGCUGCCAGGCUCCCCUCACGCUCUUGCCCCAGGGGCCGGGCAGGAGCAGUGCGAGGUGGGGGCCGUGCUGGGGACGGAGGCCAUCGGUUGCCCACCUCACCGAGGCAUGGGCUAGGAUGUGAGUGGAGCUGAGCGCUCUUAGCUCCCCCAGCAGCUCCCCCAGAUGGUGCAAUUGCCGGGCUUGCUUUCUGUAUGCAGAGUCUUUUGCACAAUAAAAGCUUUAUAAGCAGGA